AAUCGAUAGCUAACUGACUUGACUAUUUUUACGUGUUUAAAUGUUAGGCUUUUUUAUUAUCAAUGUGUUUUAUCGCAUAUUAUAGUCUCGUGUUUGCCGGAGGUUCACGUGAGAACUGGUUUUAAUUUUGUUGUUCAAUUUGAAACAAGACGUUUUGAUAUAAAUAUAAGACAAUUUUACAUCAUAAUGGGUAAUCAGCAUGGAAAGAAUGAACAAAAGUUGCCCUUUACAGCCGAUCAGAUAAAAGUAUUGGAAGCCUCUUUUCGAGCGUGUGGAAUACAUUCGGAAAAAUUACAAAAAGAGAAGUUAUUGGGGUAUUGGUCAAACAUUAUAGAUCCUCAUUUGGCUCAAUGCACUGCAAAUUUUAUUUUCAAAAGGAUACACUUUCCAAUUACUCUUGGCCGGUAUGCCGAACCGUAUAAUAUAGUCGAGAGUGGAACAAUCGAUGAUAAAGUAAAUUUUUUAGCCUUGUCUUUGGAGCAAACUGAUACAAAUCAAUACACAAUAAAGGAAUUGGAACAUUAUAUUUCAGCUGUUCUAAAAAGUUAUUUAAAAAUCGAGUCCUAUCAUUGCACCGAAGCGUUUGAAAAUUGGAAGCAACAUGGGUUUCAGUCGACAGAUCGGACAAUAUUUGCAUUUUCAAAAGGACUUAUUCGCAGUAUGUGUCAAGGCCAUGAUCAUUACCUUAAUUUAAGCCAGCUGGAGGAAUGGCUGCAGAUAAAUCCAACAUUUCUCAUUAUAUGGAGAGAAGUUUUUAAUGGCUUAUAUAGCAGAAAUUCCACAAAGUCUCUAAAAUCAAGCUGUUUUCCCUCCCCUAACAUCUUACCAGUAUUAGAAGGACUAGCCGUUGGCACAAAUUACACCCCAAUCUUAGACAUUCCACAUGUGAUUUUUGUGAAUAGUAAUUUGCCAAAUGAACAUAGAAACAAAUGGCGCUUUUUAUUCUCAGCACAAAUAAUGGGCGAAAGCUUUUCAACAAUGUUAGGAAAGAUUUUGAACCAGGGACCUACUCUUUUGGUUAUCGAAGACGAAGAUCGGUAUUUGUUUGCUGGUUACAGCCCAGAGUCUUGGGCGUUAAAAUCACAUUUUUUUGGUAAUGAAAGUUCACUUCUUUAUACCUUGAGUCCAGCAAUGCGAUGUUUUAAUAGCACGGGAUAUAAUAACCAUUACCAAUAUUUAAAUUUAAAUCAACAAACUAUGCCGAACGGAUUAGGAAUCGGCGGUCAGUUUAAUUAUUGGGGAUUAUGGAUUGAUAGUGACUAUGGAAUAGGACAAAGUAGCGAAUCUUGUACAACCUAUCGUGACUACGUGCAGCUUAGCAAGCGUAAAGAUUAUAAAAUACGCAAUAUAGAAGUUUGGGGAAUUGGUGACGAACCUAAAGAUGAAGACUCUGAAGAAGGCGAUGGCGGUGUAAACAAUUCGAUUUUGGAUAAAAAUUUAGAGGACAAAGUUAUGCUUCAAUUGGCUGGAAAAGAAAUGCAUUCGGAUGGCCUGCGUGAACCGGACAUGGAUUUGUGAAUAUAUAUUGUCUUAGGAUUAAGCUGAAGCAAAAAUUAAUUUCUUUACAAUUCUUUGUAAGGAUUUUACAUCAAUUAAAAAUCCUUACAUAAAAUCUGUCAUAUUAAUGAACCCAGCGUGGCAAACCACGAAUGAAACAAUAAUAUAAGUAAUUGAUAUAGAAAAAUUGGUUGCGAAGCUUGAAAUCUAGGGGCUGUUUGGAAAUAUUUUCAUUCAUUUUGUGGUGUUCUAUAUUCAUAAGUUGUAUAAAAAAUACAUAUAUUUACAUAUAUGUAAGUUUCAUUAACAGA